AUGACGGCGCUGCCGCCUCAGGCCGGGAUGGUUGCGGCCGCCGCCCCGAGGAGCCUCGGCUGCCGCGGCGCCGCCGGCUGCGGGCGGAGGGCGAGGGCGAGGCGGGGAGCGCGGCCGGCGGCGCUCCUCUGGCUGCUGCUGCUGCUGCUGCCCGGCGCGGAUGCCGCCCUCCCCGCCGCGCCGCCCGCCGCCUCCUCCCCGCCGCCGCCGGCCGGGCGCUGCGAGGUGGAGGCGGCCGGCGGGCGGGGGAGCGGCGGCGCUUCGGCUUCCGCAGCCGCCGAGAACCCGCCUCUGGGGACAGAUCCUUGCCAUUUACUGAGCCCACCAUGUUUUACAGAGGAGGAUAAAUACAGUUUUGAAGCACUCCGUACAAUUCAUAAACAAAUGGAUGACGACAAAGAUGGUGGCAUUGAAGUAGAGGAAAGUGAUGAGUUUAUUAGAGAAGACAUGAAAUACAAAGAUGCUUCCAAUAAGCACAACCACUUGCACAGGGAAGACAAACACAUAACCAUUGAAGAUCUGUGGAAACGCUGGAAAACAUCUGAAGUUCACAAUUGGACGCAAGAAGAGACUCUUCAAUGGCUGAUGGAAUUUGUUGAACUUCCUCAAUAUGAGAAGAACUUCAGAGAAAAUAGUGUCAAAGGAACAACAUUGCCCAGGAUAGCGGUUAAUGAACCUGCAUUCAUGAUCUCACAGUUAAAAAUCAUUGAUCGGAGCCACAGGCAGAAACUUCAGCUGAAGGCCCUGGAUGUUGUAUUGUUUGGACCUCUUACAAGACCACCUCACAACUGGAUGAAAGAUUUCAUACUCACAAUUUCUAUUGUGAUCGGUGUGGGAGGCUGCUGGUUUGCGUACACUCAGAACAAGACCUCGAAAGAGCAUAUCACAAAAAUGAUGAAAGAUUUGGAAAGCCUUCAGACAGCUGAGCAGAGCCUAUGUGAAUUGCAGGGGAGGCUUGAAAAAGCACAGGAGGAGAACCGGACUGUUGCUGUAGAAAAGCAGAAUCUGGAGCGCAAGAUGAUGGAUGAAAUUAAUGAUGCAAAACGGGAAGCGUGUCGGCUGAGAGAGUUGAGGGAAGGAGCUGAAUGUGAACUCAGCAGGCUUAAAUACGCAGAAGAGGAACUGGUUCAGGUCCGUAUGGCUUUAAAAAAGGCAGAGAAAGAGUUUGAGCUGAGAAGUAAUUGGUCCGUUCCUGAUGCACUACAGAAAUGGCUCCAGCUGACACAUGAAGUCGAAGUCCAGUACUACAAUAUUAAGAGGCAGAAUGCAGAGAUGCAGUUAGCUAUUGCCAAGGAAGAGGCAGAAAAGAUAAAAAAGAAGAGAAGUACAGUCUUCGGGACAUUACAUGUUGCACACAGCUCUUCCCUUGAUGAAGUGGACCACAAGAUUCUGGAAGCAAAGAAAGCACUUUCUGAGUUAACCACCUGUUUGAGAGAGCGCCUCUACCGAUGGCAGCAGAUUGAAAGAAUAUGUGGCUUCCAGAUAGCUCACAACUCAGGACUGCCAAGCCUGACCUCCUCACUUUACUCUGAUCACAGCUGGGUGGUAAUGCCUCGAGUCUCCAUACCGCCUUAUCCAAUUGCAGGUGGCGUGGAUGACCUUGAUGAAGAUACUCCUCCUAUUAUCUCUCAGUUUCAUGGGUCCAUUGUAAAACCUGCCACCUUAGCAAGAAGCAGUAGCAUGUGUCGCUCCAGGCGAAAUGUUGUGCCAUCCUCUCCACAGUCACAACACUCUGCACAAACAUCACACACCCCACUUACACAAGCUACUUUGCACUCGCCCGACCCUGACAUCCUCUCCGUGUCAAGUUGUCCAGCUGCAUAUCGCACAGAAGAGGAGGAGGAGGCCAUUUAUUUCACAGCUGACAAACAAUGGGAAGUGCAAGAUACAGGUUCAGAAUGUGACUCCAUAAACUCCCCUGUUGGAAGAAGACAAUUGCCGCCUUCAAGCCUUGAAUUAUAUCAACCCCUGUUGCCUCAAAAAAUAUCGCGGGAAGAUCUCUCCUUGGAGGAGUCCUCGACUGGAGACUCUUCGUCCCUCACUGCCGACAUCUCCAGGGGUUCUCCUGACUGCGUCGGCAUGACAGAAACUAAAAGUAUGAUAUUUAGCCCCGCAUGUAAAGUAUACAACGGCAUCCUGGAGAAGUCCUGCAGUAUGAACCAACUCUCAAGCGGUGUCCCCGUCCCCAGACCUCGCCACCCCUCCUGUUCGUCCACCAGCAGCGGAAGCAAAGCAGGCCAUGAGGCCUCGGCCGCCCCUCGGACAAGCGGCGCCUCGCAGGACCUCUGCCACGACGGGGAACGGAACAAAAAGGCCUCCAAAAUAAAAAGCCUUUUCAAAAAGAAGUCCAAGUGAGGCUACGGGAGAAAUCGUCUGAAAGUGGCAUUGUUAAACUUCUGUUGUUGGCUUUUUAUUAUUGUUGUUAUUAUUAUUAUUAAGAAUGUAGUCUAUCUAGGUUUUUCCAGGCCUGGAUGCUCUGGCAGGAAAACCUCUUAGGUCAAACUCUUCUUCUGUUUGUAAAUGACUAUAAAUUAAGUUGUGCCAGCUGUUGAUGAGAAAAAUUUCAAGACGGUUUACAGUCAUUUGUCUAUUUAUUUUUGCUUUUUUUUUAGUUUAUAUAUAAAAACUUUUUUAAAAAACAGAAAACCACUUUAACACAAGCUUUAACGGACUAGGAAGCCUGCGUGGGCUUGCCAAAGUUUUUUUCUUGUUUACUGGAGCAUCUUCUUAUCUUUCCACAGAGCUAUGGCAUUUGCAUACUGGACUUAAGAAACUCUUAAUGAAGUAAAAACUACUUAAAUUGCACUACUGUUUUCUUGACUGGAAAGUAUCUCUGCAAGUGGAACUGUUCAGACUUGUAAGAUGAUAGAAAAGAUGGGUUGGCUCAUUAUUUUUAGGUCAUUUUUAUGUAAAAACUAGCAUUUCUAUUUGUUGAUUUCUGGAAGUGGAGCCUCAUUUCUUCUACGGAAUGCUUCUCUCUGUGUUUAUUAAUUAGGUCCUGCUGUAAAGAUGGUAACUAUCCAGGGCUUUCACUGUGAUUCUGCUUCAUUGCACAGGUAUAUGGUUAUAAAAAAGAGACUCUUACAAAGAGAAGAAGCUCCUGAUUCCAUAUGCAAGCGAUAAAAGGUUAAACUUGAUUUGAAGGACUUUUUAAGACAUUCACAUCCUUAAAAACUGGGAUAGGGACAACUGUGGGCACUUGUUUACAUACUUUGACAGACAAAGGAUGUUUGAUUUGUGAAUAUUUGUACUGUGGCAAAGACAAUAAAUUGGAGAUAUUACUGUG